CGAGAAAGUUGUCAGUGCCAGAGAAUCGCGUAAUUUCAAUUUCAAUUCGUUUCAAUAAUACACAAAUGUGCCAUGCUACAACACAAAAACAACAACAGCAAACUACACGAGAGUAGUCAUCAUACAGAGCAACAGCAACCACAACUAAUGAUCGAGGAAAAUAAAUAUCAAUUAUUCCUAUAAUUCCAAACAAAACUUGACCAGAAAAAUGUUAUUUGGGCCCGUGGUAAUUUGUCAAGUAGAGAAAUUACUUUGCUUGCCCAUCAGCUGUGCCGUAUUUGCCUUUCUCUUCAUGGCCUGCGCAUUGGAAGUUGUUCUACUGAGGCUAACCAUCAGUGAUGAUCUCUUUCGACCGCAAUUGGAUGAAGAUGGCCAACCAAUUGGCUUUGGCAUGACCGGCAAUGUCGACGAUGAUGCCGAUGGCGAGGAUAAUAUUUACUAUGAAAAUGUAACAAAUAAUUAUGAAUAUUGGGCGAGAAGACGGAGAAGAUUUCAUCAGAGGCAGCAGCAGCAGCAACAACAACAACAGCAAUAACAAAUUCAUUAAGAGACAGCUGAAAUUUAAUUAUGGUUGAAACAAUUGUUAUGUGUGUGUGUGCGUGUGUGCAUAGAAAGUGCAAAAAGCUUACAUAUUCUGUUUUUGUUUGUUUGUUUUGUAAAAUUAAUUUAAAAGCAAUUCAUAAUAACAAUUGAUAUUUUGGGCACGUUUUAAACAGUCGGACAGAUAUAUACAUAUAUAUGUGUGUAUUAAUUUAUGUGUGUGAA